CUCUCAUGGUUCAUAAUACGUAGGGAAAGAAAGAAACAAAACAUAUUUACAUCUGCCAGUAAUGUAAUUUUUGCCAUCGCAUUAUUUUGUGCGUGUAUCUUUUCUGGAUUGGAAUUUUUGUCACGAGUUGCUCCAGCACAAAAUUCCCUCAUCAGCGUAUUAAAGAAGCAACUGGAGAUAUACGAAUUCAAGAAAAUGAACGAAAUUAAGUCUCUGGAGCAUGCUACUUUGAAGGUCCCUUAUGAGGUGUUCAACAAGCGGUACCGCAACGCACAGCGAGUCCUAGACGUGGAAGCUAGGCAGGUAUCGAGUGCAUGCUCCGAAAUAGACAAUGCUGUGAAGAACCAGAAUGUCCCAACUGGAGAAAUUGACUCACUGCUGGGAGGAAUGGUAGAAAAGUUAACAACAAUGAAGCGUAAAGCAUCUGAAGCGAUAAAUGAGGAACUGCAGGCAGCUUAUGUGUGCAAGAAACGUCUAGAACAUCUCAAAGAACACGCCAGUUCACUCUCUGAGACUAGCUCUCCACAAGUCAGGACGGCAAUGAACCAGUGGCGCAAGGUGCGUCUGGACCGCAUGCUGGUAGACUACUUCCUACGCAACGGGUACUACGAGUCCGCCGCCAAGCUGGCCGAUGCCAGGGAACUGAGAGACCUCACUAAUGUCGAUAUCUACUGCGCGGCGGCGGAGGUCGAAGCCGAGUUGCUAGCGCGUCGCACGGCCCGCGGUCUGCAGUGGUGCGCCGACAACAAGUCUAAACUACGCAAGUUCAACUCCACCAUGGAGUUCAAGAUACGCAUACAGGAAUUCAUCGAACUAGUCCGCGAGGACAAACGAUUGGAGGCGGUGCGCUACGCCAAGAAGCACUUCUCUACUUACGAGGAAGGACAACUGGAAGACAUUCAGCAUUGCAUGGGAAUGCUCGCUUUUCCCAAAGAUACAGACGUGCAGCCAUACCAGUCGCUCCUAGCUGGCGCGCGCUGGACAGCACUAGUGGCGCAAUUCCGCUGGGAGCACGCGCGGCUGCUGCACCCCGCGCGGCUGCCGGCGCUGCCCGUGUGUCUGCAGCUGGGGCUGGCCGCGCUCAAUACGCCUCAGUGCUACAAAGAGAGCACGCGCGUGUCCGCGUGCCCGGCGUGCCAGCCGCCGCUUAACGCGCUCGCGAGGACUUUACCGCACGCGCACUGCUCGCAUUCGCGUCUCGUGUGCCGCAUCUCGGGCCGCCCGCUGAACGAACACAACCAGCCGAUGGUGCUGCCUAACGGACAGGUCUACGGAGAAAAGGCAAUCAAAGAAAUGGUGAAGCUCGGCUCCAUCGUCUGCCCGAAAACGAAAGAAGUGUUCUCUAUGAAGAGCGUCGAGAAAGUCUAUGUCAUGUAACUAAUAUAUUUUAUACAUGUAAAUAUUAUUAUAGCCAGAACCACCCCGCACUUUUCUAUACUCAGACUUGUAUAGAACAAUCUCAAAGACUACAUAGCACAUUAUAAAAACUUUUAAGGCAAUAAACGUAUUUUUUGUGCCUAAUUAUCUUAUUUUCAUUAAUUCCUAUAAAUGGCCAGUAUUCUUAACACUUUUUAUAAUAAUCUUGUUUCUUAUAAGAAUAAUGAGAUAUAACGACGCAAUUUUUUACAAGAUUCUAUUUUUUUUAAUUAAUGGGAAUUCAGCACCAAUUUAUUUUUCGAUAAGAAGAGCUAUGUAGUCUGUUAAUUAUCUUUAUUUACAUAGAUCAAGAUCUUUCCAUUGUAUUUUAUAAAUGACCGAUAUCAUAAUACAUUGCCUUAAUAUUUAUUUUAGUAAUGCCUAUAUUUUAUAUUAUAAUUGGCAUGUCAUGCUAAGAAGGCAGCAUUUAUAAUUUGCAUGCUAUUUCGUGAAAUAUGUAAUAGAGAUGUCUCUAUAAAAAUAGGGUAAAAGGUAACGAAGAUACAAAUAACUUGAUACUAUGAACGGCAAUGGAACUUUGUUUAAUGUUUUUAACUUUGUAUAUUAUCAUGUUUUAUACUAUAAAUGAAUAAUCUUCAAAGUUGCCAAUUUGUCCAAUGUAAGAUAUUAUAAAGAUCUCCAUUUUGACUUGAUUUGAACUAAUGCUGUGUUCAAUAUUAUUAUACGAUCAAGUUUAAGUAUUAACUGUUAUCUUUUUUACUCUGUUUUAUGUAGUAGUAGAUUGUAAUGAUAGUUAUAACGUCUCCCUGUAUCAUACUCAUUUACAUGCAAA